UAAAUGAACCAAUCCAUGCCGAUCUACUCAGAUUUACUUGUGCAACGACUGUUCACGCCCAGCAAAGUUAAAUAACAAAAGUAAAUAAAACACAAUAACUAUGAGAAAAUUCUGAUAGUGUAUAGAUAUUUUUAUUUAGUUUUAUCUUUUCGUUAUUAUAUUAAACCUGAGGAUGUCUGUGAGUGCUAGCGCCGAGAAUCUUUCAACUGACGCACAGAGCUGUGAUGGUGGCUCAAUGUGCCUGGAGUUGGCGCUGGAGGGAGAGCGACUAUGUAAGGCUGGUGACUGCCGAGCAGGAGUUGCAUUCUUCCAAGCCGCUAUUCAAGCUGGCACAGAUGACCUGAGGACCCUAAGUGCCAUAUACAGUCAACUUGGCAAUGCAUACUUUUAUCUUGGUGACUACAUUAUGGCUAUGCAGUAUCAUAAACAUGACUUAACUUUAGCUAGGACAAUGAAUGACAAAUUAGGAGAAGCAAAAGCUUCAGGCAAUUUAGGGAAUACAUUGAAAGUGAUGGGCAAGUUUGCAGAGGCUAUACAAUGCUGUAAGCGUCACUUGGAGAUAUCUCGAGCACUUGGUGACAAGCUGAGCGAAGGACGAGCACUUUACAACCUGGGCAAUGUGUACCAUGCACAAGGCAAGCAACUGGGUCGAGUGGGGCAGAAUGACCCAGGCCACUUCCCCCAGGAAGUGCGUGAGUGUCUGCUGCAAGCAGUAUCCUAUUAUGAAGAGAACCUCGAGCUGAUGCGCAGCCUCGGAGACCGGCAGGCCAUGGGUCGCGCUUGCGGCAACCUCGGCAACACGUGCUACCUUUUGGGCGACUUCGCUCGCGCCAUCCGCUACCACACUGAGCGAUUACAAAUCGCUCGAGAAUUCGGCGAUAAAGCAGCAGAGAGGCGUGCCAACAGCAAUCUCGGCAACUCCCACAUAUUCCUUGGACAGUUCGAAAAUGCCGCUGAACAUUAUAAACGCACGUUAUCAUUGGCGGAAGAAUUGGGCGAUGCGGCGGUUGAGGCGCAGGCUUGCUACUCUUUGGGCAACACUUACACACUGCUGCGAGAGUACCGCGUCGCCGAAGAAUAUCAUGCACGUCAUCUAGCCGCCGCCCGCCGUCUCCAAGACCGAGUGGGUGAAGGCCGAGCCUGCUGGUCCCUAGGCAAUGCCCACGCAGCACUCGGCAACCAUGAGAAGGCCCUGUACUUCGCCAACGAACACUACAACAUAUCCAAAGAACUUGGUGACGUUCUCGGAAUGGCGACGGCUCAGAUGAACAUCAGCGAUCUGCGUAAGGUGCUUGGGAUGCCAGCGGAGACGGAGUCGCCUCCUGCGCCGACCUCCGACGACGACAGCGCGCCUCGCACGCCUUUCAACGCGCUUCGAGUGAGGCGCCAGAGCAUGGAGCAGUUAUCUCUCAUACAGAUAACACCCGACGCGAAGAAACGAGAAGAAGAAGCCGAGGCUGAAUCUAAGACUGAAAUCGCACGCGCCGAAUCUGAAGACAACCCCGAGUCGUUCUUUGAUCUCGUGCUGAGAUGCCCGUCCGGACGAAUGGAUGAGCAGCGAGCAACGCUUAACUGCAAUAAGGAGAACCGACCGAAGCCGAAACCGGCUGCUACCAAGGUCCCGUGGCCCGCCAUCACCGCUCCUGGCAAAACUAUUGGGUCUAGCGAUGCUAUGCUGGAUAUGAUCAACAACCUGCAAUCCGAGAGAAUGGACUCUCAGCGUGCAGAGUUGCGUCCCGCGCAGAAGAAGCCCAACAAGGAGCCAGCGCCGGGCACCUCGCUGCCGGGCCUGCGCCCCCAGCAUACUACCCGCACCAAGCCCGAGGACGACUUCUUGGAGAUGAUUGCUCGUGUGCAGGGGUCUCGCCUGGAGGAUCAGCGCACUGAACUGCCUCGUCAGCGCACUGAGCAAGCGAAGCCGCGCCCUCGGCCCGAGCAACCGCAGCAGCAGCAACAGCGCCCCAAGGGCACUGUACCGGAUGACGACUUCUUCAUGCUGCUCAUGAAGGCUCAGGGCGGCCGCAUGGAGGAUCAACGGGCUUCGAUCCCGGUGAAGGAAAAUCGCUCCAACAAGAACGAUCCCGCCGCGAAGAAGUAAUGUGUCACACCCUCAACGGGCCGUAGCUGUGUGUUGUCCUGCGCGCCUUCUGUCAUCAGCAACGAUACGAUGUUAAUUACUCUUCACUAAGUUAUCGCACAUUGUACAUAAUAUAUAUUUAGGCGUUUACUUUGCAUGUAUGUUGCGUUUGCGGCCUAACGCCCGGCGAACCCCAAGUACAGUAUCAUAGGUAACUCGGUGACCAGCAGCCUGGUCGCUCGAGGAUGACUCUGAUAGUGCAUAUCAACACUUCAUAGUUAGGAACAAAACUAUACUUAAGACAUACAACGGUCUAACACUCGAAUGAUAAAAAUCAAAUCUCAAUCCGGCCACUUUAAUGAAAUUGAUUAUUAUAUUUGAUUAUUUAAUCAUUCAUUAAAAUUUUAGAGUAAUCGUAUUUAUAAUCACAAUAUGCUGCUACUUUUUGUAAACUUGUAAGUCGAAUUGAAGUGGUGCACUAAGUGAGGCUAAAUUAUAGGUACAUGAUAACAAUGAUAUGAUAUUCGUCCGUUGCUAAAUAAUUUACUUUGCUACGUAAGUGCCUGACGUCUAUGUCAUUUUGUUAUUUAUAAGUACCUAUUUGUUAAAGCUUUUAACACUUUUGUGUGUACUCACUAUUUUUAAUUACACCAAUAUUUUAUGCUUUAAGUGACUUUGUGUCGAUAAAUUAAUCAUCAUUAUGAAUUUUUAUCUCAUAGAUGAUAUUUAUAUUAAAGAUUUUAUUCGGUUAAUUAUUAUUUACUUAUUUACACAUGACGUAGUCUUUUGGCAGACGAAUAAUAAUUCAUAUUAAAGAUAUUUUCCGAAUUUCUAAUGUUAAUUAAGGUAAAAUUAUGUCGCUCCACUUUUGGCAAUAAUGUUAUUUAUCAAUUUACACAAACUUUAGUUUUAGGUUGUAGUUUUAGGUGACCAAUAUCAAUAAUGUUUAGUUAAUUGUCAGUUAUAAUGAGUGAUGUAUGUUGUCAGUAACGAAUCACUGCGCAUCGUAUCGUGCUAGUCCGCCUCCGCCUCUCGUCACGCCCUCUGUGGCACCUCCACACUUUGUCAACGUCGCUAACUGCUCGAUGUCAUCACUAUUCCAAAUUCUUGUUGGACAAUCUACAACAUUGACUGAAUUAUAAUAUUCUUUUUUCAUUUUAAUAAUAACGUAUUUCGAGGAACCAAAAAUUAUGGUUCUCAAAAUUCAUUCCAAAUGCAUUUACUGUGUAUUUUAUUUUAUAUUUUCAAUCAAGGAUCAAUUUAUAAUGUCUAUUCCAUUAAUUGACUACUAAUACAAUUUUACAGUUCAUCAACAUCCGUCUCUUCAAUGCGUAAAGUCCGUUUUUUAAUCAAAUUAGUAAAUUGACAUAUUUUUGGAAAGAUUAUACAUAAAUUAUGUGUUUCGAUUGAUAUUUAAUUAUCACACAUCAAAAUUAUUACUAAGAAAAAGAUUUAAACUAAAAUAAAUAAAAAUUAUAAAUGUUCUCUUGAGAUGAUAAAAGUUCAGUAUUCAGCUUCAAAAAAAUCUGACACCCUGAUUUUGGAGUUUGACAUUUACCACUUGGCAAUUUACUAAAUUGAGUUAAAGAUGGUGUUUAGGUACAACUUUCGUGCUCUUUUUAAAAUCUGCGUGUUGUUUCCCCAGUGCUAAUGUGAUUCAAUUACCAAAUUGUUGUACUUUACUGUCAUUCUAUGUGGAUAAAACAAGUUCAUGUGUUAAAAAUAACAUCACAACUAUUUCGACCACGGUUUUGGAUCAAUUUAUAUUACACUGACUGGCAAAAGCCACACUGAUUGUGGAGAUGAAAUUUAUGUCAAAUACACCAGUUGUCGAUGAAUUUAGACUAGAGCCCACGCCACUAUUGAAGUUCCUACACGACGAUAAUAUCCUUGUAAAAUCGCCGCAAUAAUUGUACAUUUUACGAUUAUACAACGCAUCAACUCUGUAGGACUUCUUUCGUGACGCGCUCUUAAAUUAAUAAGCAUUUUGAUUUUUAACAAUGAACAGUUUUGAAAACUAUUUUAAAAUAAUUUUUGUUCAUUGUAAAUAAACCUAAUCUAAAGUAAUAUAUAAGUGAUUGUUAUUGAAGGCCAAUAAAUGCCAAAUUGCACAUUGAACUAA